CGACCAGGCCUCUGAUGGUUCUCCUGGGAAGCCACCACAGGGGCCACCCCAAGGGCCAGAUGGAUCUGGCUCUGACCCCAGAGACCCACCCAAGGCUGGAGGAAGCAAUUUCGCCCAUUACGCAGGGGACACAGGUUCCAUCCCUGGUCCGGGAAGAUCCCACAUGCCGCGGAGCACCCAAGCCCGUGUGCCACAACUACUGAGCCUGCACUCUGGAGCCUGUGAGCCACAACUACUGAGCCUGCGUGCCACAACUACUGAAGCCCACGCCUAGAGCCCACGCUCUACAACAAGAGAAGCCACCGCAAUGAGAAGCCUGCGCACUGCAACGAAGAGUAGCCCCCGCUCGCCACAACUAGAGAAAGCCUGCCUGCAGCAACGAAGACCCAACGCAGCCAAAAAUAACUAACUAGAUAAAUUUAUAAAAAAGGGAAAAAGAGCGAAGUCUCUGUUUCCCCCAGGCCUGUCAAAGUCCUGCAAUGAAAUCUCGCCAGCCUUCAGAGUGAUUCUCUAGGAAUUCCUCCUCCCGUUGCCAGACCCCCAGGUUGGGAAGCCUGACGUGGGGUUCAGAACCUUCACUCCAGAGGGCAGACUUCUGUGGUACAACUGUUCUCCAGUUUGUGAGUCACCCACCCAGCAGUUAUGGGAUUUGAGUUUAUUGUGAUUGCGCCUCUCCUACCGUCUCGUUGCACCUUCUCCUUUGUCUUUGGAUGUGGGGCACCUUCUCCUUUGUCUUUGGAUGUGGGGCACCUUUUUUGGUAUGGCCUCUGUAGCCGUGAUUGGAGGAGCCGUGGCCGUGGGGGCUGUGCCCGUGGUGCUGGGCGCCAUGGGCUUCACUGGGGCAGGAAUCGCGGCCUCCUCCUUAGCGGCCAAGAUGAUGUCAGCGGCCGCCAUUGCCAAUGGGGGUGGAGUUGCCGCCGGCAGCCUCGUGGCCACUCUCCAGUCCGUGGGGGCAGCCGGACUUUCCAUGUCAUCCAACAUCAUCCUGGGCUCGGCUGGGUCAGCUCUUGGGGCCUGGCUGUGGGGUAGAAAGAAGAAAGCUCCUUCCUCUCCUCCACCAGGAUCCAGUACUGAAGCAGAGAGGGGCUCCCGGGCUGGAGAUGACCCUCCAGGGCCUCAGGAGGUCAGUCCCCCACAUGACAAGUCCUCUGCCUCCUAAAAUCCUUCAAAGAAGCAUAGGAAAUAAAGAAGAGAUGCUGUGAUCUUCACGAGUGUCUGCACUGCAUUCUUGUCUACCAGGCAGGGCGCAGUGCAUCUGCAGAGCCAUGGCUUCAGGGUUGGGGGCAGCAGGAAGUCUGUAAGAAUGGGCACUGCUGUCUGCGACAGGAAGCCAGGUCUGUUGCAGUCCUGCCACCCAGCUGUGAUCCUGGGAAGGUCAUGUCUCCCCUUUGAGCCUCAGUUCCGCUGCUCUUUGGACGGGAUGGUGGAUCACAUGUCUUCAAAGAUGUCAGCCAGAGGCAGCAAUACAGGAGGGCUUGGCCCUAGGGUCAGUUUGAGCCAUUGACCCUCAGUUAUGAAACACUUUAUCCUCAGGGAUUCUUGACCCCUCCCCUCCCCACCCAAGACUCUGAGUCUGACUGUAUCAUGAGUCUAGGAACUCAGCCACACUUGUCUGCCUGGCCUGGUGGCCUUUGGAGCUCUUCAGGUAGGUAGAGAAUUUGCAUUUCUCCAGAGAGCUCUGUCCCGGUUGGUGUAGAGCUCAGGGUCCUUGGGCUCCAAGGGAGACUGGCCAGAACCUGCAAGGACAGACAGGCCUCCCUCCCCUGGUGGGGCUCCCAAGAGGCUCGUCAGUGCAGAACGCUCAGCUGUCUCCUAAGGCCCGCUGGCUGCCUGGCCCUGGGUCAGGUGGCAGGCAUUCUAUGUGUGUUGACCUGGCCUCUGCCACCUGCCUGUCUGUCCAUGCAGAUAACUCAUACCCAGUUUCUGGCAGCCCUGCUUCCACUUUAGACUGGAGUCUCAGAUCUCGUCCUGUUGGCUCCAGGACCCCGGCCCAGGUCCCCACUCUGGCCUUCACCCCCGUCUUCCUUCACGGCCCUUCC